CCCAGCAAGCUGUGCGACGCGCCGGGCCUCUUCCCCUUUGUGCCAUCCGGGUCUCUCGCGCGAGCGAUUUAGUCUGUGGCGAAGCGUCGGGGCGGCCGGUACAGUUGAGAGCGGCAAGUGGAGGCGCCGCCCUAGCGGCCAGGACUCUGGACUAUGGCGGCUAGUGAUACAGAACGAGAUGGACUAGCCCCAGAGAAGACAUCCCCAGAUAGAGAUAAGAAAAAAGAGCAGUCAGAUGUAUCUAUUUCUCCUAGAGCCUCAAAACAUCAUUAUUCGAGAUCACGAUCAAGGUCAAGAGAAAGAAAACGAAAGUCAGAUAAUGAAGGAAGAAAACACAGGAGCCGGAGCAGAAGCAAAGAGAACCAACUUCUUCUUAAAACAGGCAAGAAGACAUGAAUCCAAAGAUAAAUCAUCUAAGAAACACAAGUCUGAGGAACAUAAUGACAAAGAACAUUCUUCUGAUAAAGGAAGAGAGCGACUAAAUUCAUCUGAAAACGGUGAGGACAGACAUAAACGCAAAGAAAGAAAGUCGUCGAGAGGCAGAAGUCACUCACGAUCUAGGUCUCGUGAAAGGCGUCAUCGUAGUAGAAGCAGAGAGCGGAAGAAGUCUCGAUCAAGGAGUAGGGAGCGGAAGAAGUCACGAUCCAGGAGCAGGGAGAGGAAGAAGUCACGAUCCAGAAGCAGGGAAAGAAAACGCCGGAUUCGAUCUCGUUCCCGCUCAAGAUCAAGACACAGGCAUAGGAGUAGAAGCAGAAGUAGAACAAGGAGUAGAAGUCGAGAUAGGAAGAAGAGAAUUGAAAAACCUAGAAGAUUUAGCAGAAGUUUAAGCCGAACUCCUAGUCCACCUCCCUUCAGAGGCAGAAACACAGCAAUGGAUGCACAAGAAGCUUUAGCUAGGAGGUUGGAAAGAGCAAAGAAAUUACAAGAACAGAGAGAAAAGGAAAUGGUUGAGAAACAGAAACAACAAGAAAUAGCUGCAGCAGCUGCAGCCACAGGAGGUUCUGUUCUCAAUGUUGCUGCCUUGUUGGCAUCAGGAACGCAAGUAACUCCUCAGAUAGCUAUGGCAGCUCAAAUGGCUGCCCUGCAGGCGAAGGCUUUGGCAGAGACCGGAAUAGCUGUACCUAGCUAUUAUAACCCAGCAGCUGUGAAUCCAAUGAAAUUUGCUGAACAAGAGAAAAAAAGGAAAAUGCUUUGGCAAGGCAAGAAAGAAGGGGACAAAUCCCAGUCUGCUGAAAUAUGGGAAAAAUUGAAUUUUGGAAACAAGGACCAAAAUGUCAAAUUCAGGAAAUUAAUGGGUAUUAAGAGUGAAGAUGAAGCUGGAUGUAGCUCAGUUGAUGAAGAAAGUUACAAGACUUUGAAGCAACAGGAAGAAGUAUUUAGAAAUCUAGAUGCUCAGUAUGAAAUGGCAAGAUCACAAACCCACACACAAAGAGGAAUGGGAUUGGGUUUCACAUCAUCAAUGCGAGGAAUGGAUGCAGUUUGAAAAAGAUCAGACUUAAUGUUUGGGACUUUAUGGACUUCUGGUUCUGAUGUCAGGUCCUUGUUCACCAAACAGCUAGCAUUCUAGCUUGCAUGGGUGUUGCAUUGACUUUAAUUUAUUGAAAAAUACGAUUUUUUGUAAAUAUCAGAUCAGUGAUACUGGUGUUAGUGUUGUAAUCAGGUUAAACACACUUCCAUUGAACUUGACAGGACUAUAGAAGGACAAUAUUUUUCAGUUCAUGAAUUCUACUUUUCAAAUACGUAAAAGCUGCAGGUGGGAUAAAACCUCACACGUGGGUAUUUCGUGUCCGCCGUCUCGUGUACUUUUGUACUUAACCUUGUACAGUUAUUUUCAUCUCUUGAAACAUGAAAGAAAUGUUAUGUAGAUGUUCUUUAGAAGAUCUGGCCAUUUGGUACAUAAUCCAGCACAAAUACGCUGGGUGGUGAUGACAAUAAAAAUGGUUUUCUCAA